AUGGACUAAAAUGUUUACGGGAAACAAAAAGUUUAAUAGAGAUUGUAACAAAGAGUUUUAAAAAAACUAAAUACCAAUGAACAAACACCAAAAAUAAACAUCUCAGUGUAAUCGAAAGAAAAUGGUACUGUAGACCACAUACUAUAUUUGGUUAAAUUAUAACACCUCUGAAGUCACCACAGUAAGGUCACCAAACAUGCAUUGAAAAACAACCAAAGCACAACAGCACAAUAACUAGGUUAUUAUAUAUUUUUUCUAAAACAAAAGUGUUUAUUUAAAUCCUGAUCACACAUCCAUUUUGGGCCAAAAUAGAAAACUGCAAACUAAACCCAAUGUUGCUAACCACAAGAAUGUGUGCACUGUCAGGCAGAGACAUGUCGUGCCACCCCUAGCCUUAGUCCCUCUGUUUAAGCAGCCUAACUUAAUUUAACUUUUCUCUUAAAUGACAAAACUAAGUUAUUUAAGUACUUAACUACAAUGUAAAAGAAUUACAUGCUCUCAUUCUGAAGAGAAUUUCUGAAUCCAGGUAGUACAGCUAGGAUCAAAACAACUGAGCUAAAGAAAAGUACUCUGAAAAAAGGGCACAACUAAGCUUACACAAAAGUAUUUGCAUUCUCAAAAAGGAUGGAGCUUAUUUCUAACAAAGUAGGUCUCCUAAAGGUCAAGACACUGACAAAAUAGCUGCCUGCCUGUUGCACUGAAUAAAGCAACGCCCUCAAAAGGAAGUCUUAGGCACUUCCUCACUAUUUGAGAGACAGCAAGCUAAAAAACAAAAUCAAGAGGUGUAUUCGAGCAACGCACCAUCUGGUGUCAUAACUGAGAUUGUAAUGUUCUCAACUUGAACUGACUUCACAUCCAUUUCGCAAUAUUCCUGGCCAGGCUUCUAAUCACUGGUUGGAGACCAUUUUGUCAGCCAGUUUGCAGCAUAGGAUUGAGCUGCAGAUUCAGAAAAUCACCAAGUAAGUAAUUCCACAAGGGCUACAAUAAUGGAAAUUCCUUCCAAUGAAUCCUUGUACCACUCUUCUUCAGGCAAUAAUAUUACUGAUCACCACAUAUUCAUCAAGAUUAUGGAACUACAAAAUAUAAUCUCAAGGAGUGUUUAUGUCUACAGCAUAUUUGGACUUGUUGGACUCUUAACAGGGACCUUCAUCCUAAUUACUUAUAUUAGAAACUUCAACAAAAGUAAAUUUGAAAUACUUGACGUUUGUGUAUUCACAGUGACUGUGGCUGAUUUCCUGCUUAUCCUUUUCUCGUUUACUGAUAUAGUCAGGCCAAACCCCGUUACGACCUCUGCUCUAUGUUGUACAAUCCUCUCAUUUUGCUUCAACCUCCCUUAUUUCUACACAGAAUACAUGCAUGUUGCAAUUUCCUUCUUUCUGGUAUACGACCAGACUGCACUGACCGGAAGAACCCUGAGAAAGCCUCUCAUCACCAUCCUCGCUGUGAUAUGCUCGAGCAUUCUCUGGUCAGCUCUGGUCACAGCUCUCAUUGGGGUCAGUGAAGACUUGAACAAGGAAGUGAACUGCUACGUAGACCCUCUCGAGGCUCCAGCAAAAUAUAACAUCGUCAAGUUUGUCUUUGGAUUUCUCUUGCCAACGCUCACCAUUCUGGGAUUUAUCCUGUAUUUCCUGAUUCAUUCCACACGCAUGCAGAGUUCAAAUGGCCUACAAACCUGCAUGACAUCUAUCUCUCCACACCGAGUUUUCCUAGCACUGGUCACGGUGACUUUUAUUUGCCGCCUUGUUUACAAUGUUCUGCUUCUCCUCCGACGACAGGCAGUCGAUACCUACGGCAGUUAUAAAAUGCAAGAGAUGGCAGUAAUUGGAGAGUUGAUCAUGUUCACCGGGAGCUGCCUAUGCCUUGUGUGCAUUCUCAUUUUUGAUGAGAAAAUGAGACAAGCUGCCAGGAGUUUCCUGAGGUGCAUUACUAAGCCCAGCUGGGUGUACGACUCCAACAGAAACCGAAGUAACAUGAGCCCCACCAUUGAGAUCAAUGAGCAGCCUGUAGAAGCAGCUUCUCUACACGAAAGUCAAAAUCAUCUACACACACUGUCUUAGAAUACAAGAGGAACUGUCCUUCAGACAUAGCUUCAUAGGCUUUAAAGUGCUGCAGAACAUCUUGAAAAAGGGGCAAGAGGAGUUCUAUAUCCAUGGAAGUCUUUCUUUUGCAUCUAGGCACCAGAACAUUAUGUAAUGAUCAACUCAACCAAACCAAUAUCAAUUGAAUGUGAUAUCAUUCCAGUAUCAAAUUCUGAUUGAAAAUUUUUUUAAAUGGUGGCAAAUUUUAAUGUUUCAUUCCAAUUUUUUUUAAAUCCUCAAAUGUAUGUACUUUGCAGUGAAACAAGGUUUCACCCAUUUCCCACUUGCAUGGGAAGGCAGAAAAUGGUGGAAAGCACAAAACAUUCCCAGAUCCCUUUGAGGAGCAACACUCUGUGAGUGAUCAACUCCAACUCUCAACUGUCACUAAUAUCAUUCUGGAAUAUAUCACAGUAAGAUGCACGUUAGCAUCCUUGGAACGGUUUGUCUUUACCCGGUGGGAAAUGUUAACAAAACGAGGGAGAUGCAGAUGAAGAAUGUUAUGUGGAUAAUCAGGAGAAAGACAAGUCCUAAACACUGACUGUUAAAACAAUGUGGGUGUACCAAUGGCUUCUAAAGGAGCACAACACUACGGCAAAGGUCAGUCUUUGGAAGGCACGAAAGAUGAGCUUUUAUUGGCCAAUUUUCCACUUCAGAACCGAUGCAGUCACUAUGUUAAAAUCUUGAACAAAUCAAGUUGCAGAAGGUAGAUCAAAUAUUACAAGGUUACAGAUUCCACAUUGUAUCAACUUCUAAGACCACAGGACUGAAUUCUUCCUUUCACAACCUACUGGCCAAGGAGCCAUGAUUGAUGGAAGAUUACUGCCUCUGGUGUGAAUGGAGUGAAACUACACUCAAUUCUAGCCUUCAAAACGAGUUCUGCAAAUGGCAAUUUAAUUGCUGGCACUGGAUUAAGAGCUAAAAGUAAUAAAUUGUUGAACUACAAGGCUGCACACAUUACUUUUCAUUCUGUAUUCAAGAACAAAGGAACAACUGUGACCUCAAACGUAAAAAGGAAGAAUUCUGAUGAGAGCUGCUAAUUAAAAUUCAACUCACAUCCACGUUUGCUUGUGGACGAAAAGGAGUCAGCACUUCAGCUGGCUCUUCCAGAUCUCCCAGCUGAAGAAAAAUCACCAAACUUUGCUGCCUCAACUAUCAAAAGCUCAGGUUCACCAGCUCACUCAGUCUCCAGAAACCACAGCCACCCAGUAUGAAUGAACUCUGCUGUCAAGGCUCAUUAUCCACAAACACUGCAAAAGGGCUAAGCAGAGAGAUUAAUUUCUGGUUCAAAACUGCCUCUCUCUUGCUCGUAUCAAUAGAUGCAGAAUUACAUAGAACAGUACAGCACAGGAAUAAUAUCGUAGGCCCACAAUGUUGUACUGAACCAAUUAACUUAGUAAUCAAAUGGCUAACCAAUUAUUUCUGAAGAGAAUAUCCAAAUUCAUCACAUUCAUGGGUCGAUCCAAACAUCUUUUAAAACUGUUUAACAUUUCACCCUCUAACACCAUCUCAGGCAGUGCACCCACCAAUCCCUAUGUAAAAGAUUUACUCCUCAUGUCUCCUUUGUAUGCGCUCUGUUAUUAGACGGGCCAACCCUUGGAAAAAGUUAUUGCCUUUCUACUCUACCAAUGCCUCUCCUAAUCUUAUAAACCUCUAUUAGAUCCCCCUUUCAGCCUCUGCUGCCCCACAGAAAACAACCCAAGCCUGUCAACCACUCAUUAUAGCAUGUGCCAUCCAAUCCAGGCAACAUCCUUAUAAACCUCUUCUGAAGCCUCGACAUCCUUGUUGGCAAUGUGCACAUUCGUCAUGCUUGAGAAGGCAGUGGUGAGACAGACUCAUAACCUGCUCCAGAAAAUAUCCCUCCAGUGCUCUCAUGCAGGAAGUUACAGCAUUUCUUCCCGGCAACAAUAAAGACAUAAUUUAUUUGCGAGGCAGCAUAAUAUGCGACUGUUGUAACGCCAAUCUUUCCAAAGACUGAGUGUUUUAAAAGUGCAGUUAAGGAAAUCUUGGCAAAUAACUGCGGUGUGUUUUGUAAGUGGAGCAUUGGAGCCACAGUGCCACAACUUUAAGGUAGUAAUUAGAAUCGAACCAAGAAGGCUACUUUGCUCCUAUUUGGUGUUGAGCUUCUCAAUCAUCAUUUUAAAGCCUUUUAAUUAGAAGUGAAUGUAGUAAACACAUUAGCUAAGAAGAGUUGUAAAGGGUAUAGAGGUAAUACAGGAAUUGCUCAAUGAACAAAAGUCAAGUUCUUUCAAUAUCUCCACUUGCUGUUUGGCAGUUACAAAAUACAUUAUUAGCAAUUACUCAUUCUCUCUUCAGCCCGACAAAACUCAGGAAACUACAGUGUUGAGAACUGGCAGGAACAUGAACUCUAAUGCCAUCUGUCCCUCUUAUACCAACUGUAAGAAAUUAUUCAAAUUACUCAGCUACUGGACAAUAAAACAUCAUCAGCAAAAGCAGAUCUGCAAUAUUAUAUCAUUUGUACUUUUCGUUAAAGUCUUUGUUAAAUCAAGAGUGGAAAUAAAAUAGAGAUGUCCAAUUAUGAGGCAAAUAUGACCUAAUUGACAAAGGAAUAUCACUCCAUAUGCAAUUAUUUAGCUCACGAUUGUUAUUGAAUUAUGUUAUACAGAAUGUUAUAAGGAAACUUUUGGUAUGUUUAUGACAUCUUUUCUGAAAGUGAUCUUUUAAACGAUGAAAAGUAACUGUAUUGAACGCAACAGCUUUGCUUAUGCAUAUUCUCAAGGUUAUUUUUACACUCUUGACUAUUUGCUGCCUGAACAAAAAGUUUCUUAACAAUUUUCACUCUAGCUUAUUCACCUAUCUUGGUUUAUAUAUAUGUUGUAAUACUGCCCAACUGUCUUGAUUGACAGAAAUAAAAUACUCCAGCAUUCCACAGAGACAGCUAAGAGAAUAACAAUUUCAAUAACAGCUUGCUACUGAAAAGUGAUCAUAUAUAAUCUAAUAAUGAAAUCAUAAUAAUUAAUAAUUAUAUAUCAUCUAAAGCUACAAGUUGUCCAUUGGUUUGAAAAUCAUAUGUGGAUCUCAGGGGUGAGUUUAUAUUUAUACCACUAAGUAGUAAUAUAGUUGUUCUGAAGGCUAGCUAAGCCGUAAAUUUUACAAUUUCCAGAUCUAUGCUGGUAGCUAGGCAAUUAAUCUCACUACCUUGAUGUGUAUAUAAUGUGAUGGCUAAAGAGAGGGAAAUAAGCUCUGUUAGAGCAUAUUCAGGACUUAGGGUGUAUAGCAAAAUUCUAACUUCAUCCCCAAUCUUCAGAUCUGAAUAUGGACUGUAGAUAAAAUUUAAAAUGCAGCAACAAUGGGUUCCUAAUAGCUGUGAACUGCAGUUAAUUGGAAAAUCAGACAAUGCUGAUUUAACGUCCUUUUUGGGAGUCUGUACGCGGGUGUGAAGAAGGAGGAGUAGAAGUUAUAUUAAUUCAAAGGAAGCAUUAUAGAUACAUUGUAAAUAUAGAAUUAUCCAUUGAUCUUUAGCAUAUAAAAUGUCAUUCAAUAUUGGGUCAAGCAGGCCUCUUCCUCCAGAAAGAUCUCAAUAUAAUGUCUGCUGUGUCUCAUUUUGUUGAAUAAAA